UCUCUAGUAACUGCAGGCCAAACCAACAGCAACCCUAAGAACAAGCAUUCUGUUUUCUUAAACAGAACUAGGCCACACACAUUUCUUCUCCUUAUUUUACUUUUUUAUUUGUACUGUCUGCAAAGUAAACUUCAUUUAAAAAAACAAUGGGCCUUGAAGGCUUUUACAUGUGAGUUUUAUUUUUUAUUAUCUUUGAAGAUAACUUUUAAAAGCAUAAAUUUCAACUCAUCUACUGCAACUAUUGCCUUGGGUGGCAGCAAUCCAGCUCAGGACGAGACACACCCCAAAGUUGAUGUUUUGACUUCUAUCUCGACUCCAAGACUUGGAUCCAUCCGGAAGCCUGUGAUCACUGCAGAAGUGGGCUUCAGAUGCCCCACAAGCGUGCACUGGACCCCAACUACCCAGGAAAAGAAGAGCUUCCGUCAGUAGUUGGUGUCAAUUUGGUGGUUCUCUGAGGGACAGAGCUAGGAGAGGGAAAGGGCAGCUGGAGAAGCGUCCUAAGUUGCCAUGGACACGAGGCUCAGCAGCAAUCCUAGCAGCUCUAGGAAGUCCUGUGCAAUCUGCCACCAGGGAUUACUGGUGUUCGCCGGCUCUUCAGAACGGAAUGCCAACUUGGCUAAGCAGUUCUGGAUGGCGGCAUCAAUGUAUCCUCAUCAAGAAUCUCAGCUGGUGCUGCUCAGAGGCAGCAGUCAGCGUCUGCCUGUGGCACGGUCCUUUAGGAGCAGCGUGCCUGAGAAAAGUUACUUCCAGCCUUAUCCCCUUGAAAAAACCAAGAGCACCAAUGUCAUUGCUGAAACCCCAACAAUUCAGGAAUCUGAAGAGAAAAAAAAGUAUCUCCAAAAGGUUAAAAGAAGAGAUGAGAUUCUCCAACUCUUAAGAAAACAAAGAGAAGAAAGGAUCUCGAAAGAACUGGUUUCCCUUCCUUAUAAACCAAUGACCAAAGUACACAAAGCAAAGAAAGUGUUAUCAGAGUCUGAUAAUGAAGACCAGGAAGAAGUCAAAGCCUUGGACUAAUCUGAUUGACACGUUGUAGAAGAUGAUUCACUUAGGUCUUUACCUUUGAACCAACCUGCUCUUAUGUUAGGAUAAUUAGGAUCUCUUAGUUAAAACAGGCAACGAAAUAAAAGGUAAAUAUGCUGACUUCUA